AUGACGCUCGUCGGCCCUCUACGCCAGAGCACCGCCAAUCUGGCGCGGACGCUUCCCCGCCUGGCGAAAUGCUCCUCCACCAUACCCGUGCGAGCCUUCCACUCGGCUCCCAAGCCUACGAAGGCCUUCUUCACCUCCCGGGCGCCGCGGGUCACCGCCGGCGGCCUCGCCUCCAACCCGAUGAUCAAGAGCUCGUUUGCGCGCGCCCGCGACGGCGCGAGGUCGUACAUGCAGGACCAGGGAACCUACACCUAUAGGCAAGAGAACCGCGGCAGCACUAUUCGCAGGCUCCUCAUUGGAGGUGCCAUUUUCGGCGGCACCCUUGUGGCCAUCAACGUCGUCUUCAACGGAGAGACCCGCGAGGGCGCCAUGCCCAAGUAUGAGCGAGAAUACCUCAACAACACCUUCCUCCAUACCGGCCUCGGCGUCGGCAUCAUCGCCCUCACGGCGCGCCAGAUGGUUCAGUCCGGCUUCGUCUACAGGAUCAUGGUGACCAACCCCUGGAUUGUCGCUAUCGGCGGUCUCGCGCUCAGCUUCGGUACCAUGAUUGCAACUCGAUCCAUUGACCCUGACAACUAUCUCCCCAAGUACGCUCUCUGGACCGCCUUUAACGCUACCCAGGCCGCUUUCAUCGCUCCUCUCCUCGUCUACGCCCCCGGUCCCCUCAUCGCCCGCGCCGGUCUCUACACCGUUGCCAUGAUGGCUGGUAUCUCCGUCGUCGGCGCCACCGCGAAGCAAGACAAGUAUCUCUACAUCGGCGGCCCUCUCCUCGCCGGUGCCUGCAUCGUCGCCGCCUCCGGCUUGGCUCCUCUCAUCAUCCCCGCCACCGCCGCCCGCGCCCUCGCCUUUACCGAGAGCAUCUGGGUCUACGGCGGUCUUGCCGUCUUUGGCGGCUUCACCCUCUACGACGUGCAAAAGGUCCUGCACCACGCUAGGCUGGCACAGCGCGGCAUCAUCAAGGAGGAUCCCGUCAACGAAAGCAUCUCGCUCGAGCUUGACUUCCUCAACAUCUUUGUCCGCAUGGUCCAAAUGUUGAUGAUGCAGGGCAACAGGAGGAAGUAA